AUGGAGGCGAUGCAAAGGCUGCAUCCGGACGAGGUCAAGGCCGUGCUGGAGAUGACGCAGAUGGGUGCAGAGGUGCAGGCGGUGAGUGCGGCGCUGGAUGCGGCGAGGGAGACGGCUGGGGCUGAGCAGGAGGAAGGCAAGAGUCCCGAGCAGGGAGAGGCUGAUCUCCUGCUCGAGUGCCUGGCCGAUCACCUCGCCAAGGCCGCCCGCCGCAUCACGGCCCUCACCCUCGAGAAUGGCGAGCUCAAGUCGGACUCGGCCACCUAUCAGCGGCUAAGAACAAAGCUGCGCGAGCGGGCGCUGCAGGUCAAGGCGCUCGGCGAUCGGGUUAGUGCCGCCGAGGACGCUGCUGCCGCCGCGCAGGAAGAGGCCAAGGCGGCCAAGGCUGAGCUCGCCGCCGCCAAAGCCCACUAUCGCGACAAGGACGCCAGGGUGCGGAUGGAGGCUCAAGCGCGGGUCAAGCGCGCGCGGUCAGCGCUCAAAGUUGACAAGCGGGUGACGGCGAUGGAGGACGAGGUUCGCCGUGCGCGCGAAGCGGUCAAGGAGGCCCAGCGCGAGGCUGCACGUGCGACCGCGGACGCCCGCAAGGCCGAACGCCGUGCCAGCGAUGCCGAGCUCCGCGGUGACAAGCACAAGACUCAGCUCGAGUCGGCCAUGGCGGUCUCGCACGCAUUCGAGGAGCAGAUUCGCCAGCUCAAGGCCAAGCUCGACGCCGCCGCCGCCUUGUACAAGAAGCGCCAAGCGCAGUGGGAGGCGCAAAUUGAGGCUGCCAACCAGCGCUACGCUGAGAUGCACGAUCACUGGUCGUCAAUUCACAAGGCCACAGCUGAGCGCAUCCUUGCUGCUCAGCAGGGCGAGGCUGCUCAAAGCGAGGCCGAUCUCGUCGCUCUGCUGCGUGCAAUGCCUGAGCCUGCUCCGCCGACGCACGCGCUCUCGGUCUCCCCGGACCAGAGCGUGCGCGUCGCCGAGCUCGAAAGCCUUGUGGCUCAGCUCGAAUCUGCGCUCGACACCUCGCACCAGCAGUAUUUGGAGGCGGCGUCUGAGCUUGGGUUGACCAAGGCCGAUCUCCGUGCGGCACAGCGCGAGCUCAACGCCGUUCGCGCCGCACCGCCACCGGAUGUGGACUCGCUGCCGUCGUCGGAUGUGGAAGCUAUCGCACUGCGGGCUCGAGUCCGUGAGCUUGAGGCCACGGCUGCUCGCGUCAGUGCACUAGAAGGCGAGCUUGAGCAUGCCCAUAGCCUACUAGAGGCGCGCGCCGAAGCGAGUGGAACUGACGAGUCGGAGGUGUACACGGCAUCCCUUUCUGCUGAGCUUGCUAUGGUGCGUGCCAAGGCCAGCCGCUCGGCCGAACGCGUGGCCGAGCUGGAGGCCGAGCUGAUGCGGGCUCGUACGCUGCAGGCGGCGAGCACGCCGGCUACGUCCGCGCCAGUGGCGGAGACGCCGCUGACGCCAUCGACGUCGCGGACUCAAGCGCAGCUGGCACGCCUGCAGGGAGCAGCCGACGCGCCACUUACACCGGUGCAGGCGCGCGAGGUGUUCAGCGGUGCUGCCGUGGAACCAUCGCCAGGAGCAAGCCCUGACCUGACUGCCAAGGUUAUUGCACUGCAGGCCAUCAACGACGAGAAGGACCAACUGCUCGACACGAUGCAGGCAACGUUUGAGCUGCUCGCGUCCGAGGUUCGUGUUGCUCGGGAGCAGGCCAACGAUUCCGAGCGCGAGAACAAGAUGGCGCGGAUAGCGUACGCUGCGCUUCAGGGCCUGGUCUCGACUGCUGAGGCCCUGCAGCUGCGGGGCAUCAACGACCUUGGUCUGGACGCCAGCGCAGACGAGGUAGAGGCGCUGAGCGCCCGGGUGGUACAGUCUGCCGGCGACGCCCGACGCGGCGCUGUGGCCGGGCGGCGACAGGCCAAGCAGGCCAAGAUGCAGGGCGCAGCGGCAAAGAGCAACGCCGAGGCUGCGCUGGAGGCCAAAGCCAAUGAGCUGCGGAUUGCCGAGUCGCAGCUCUCGUCGCUCUCGUACGCGAUGGAAAAGGACGCUGUUGCUGCCAAGGCGUUCCGCAAAAAGGCGAACGCGGCGCUUCGCGCGGCUCGCGACGAGGCCGCUACGCUGAAGCGGGCCAACACCGCCAUCGACGCCGAGCUCAUGGAGGCCAAGCGCAGUCUGGCCAGCGUCAAGGCCAAGUUUGCGGCCUGGCGCAAAGAGCACUCUUCGUGUCUCCUGCACAAGGGCGGGAGCCGGGCCGGUGUCCGUAGGGUCCUUGCCAUGCUCCAGACCUCGCUUGAGGGCGACCAGAUCACUGAAGAUGCGGUCGCCAUCUCGGGCAUUGUCGACUCCCGGAAGCGGCGGCGGAGCAGCGGUGGUGACGGGAGUGUUGGCGGUGAGGGGCGGACGGCCAAGCGGCGGCGGGGCAAGGGCAAGGGCAAGGGCAAGGGCAAGGGCAAGGGCAAGCGGAAGGAUCAUGGCGAGGAAGGCUGCAAGCCCAUGGUCGACGUCGACAAGAUUCUUGCUCAGUAUGGCGACGCGUCCGGGAGGUCGGCACCGGUGAUGGCGCCGGGUUCGGCGGGCGCGAUGGGUGGCGGGAUCGGGGCCGGGAUGGCGGCGGGAUUGGCACCCAUGGACGAUGGCGAGUUUGUGUGGCGCGGAGAAGCGAAGCAUGGAGGGCGCAGGCAGGGCGAGGCGUCGGCGGGAAGGGUUAAGGCGAAGCGGAAGCGAAAGCGGAAGCGGAGGCGGAGGUCGAAGCGUACGUCGCAGACCCGGUCGAUGUCCGGGAGUGGUAGCGGGCGGGAGGGCUCAUCAUCGUACUCGGGCGGCGGGCGGCGGAUGCGCCACGACUCUUCGUCGUCGUCUGGCAAUGAUGGAGCGGGGCCGGGCGGGGCGCUUGAGGGCGAGCCGUUGUGGUCGGGAUCCGGCGCAUGGUCGGUCUCGUCAAGCAGCUUGGGCGCCGAGUGGUCGGACGAUGAUGGAAGUGGGUGGCUGGCGCAGGUUGUCUCGGUGCGGGCGGUGGAGCCAUCGCGGGUUGUACGGCCGCUGCGCAGAGAACGCCGGGCGCCAAGCGAUGUGGGCACUGCCGAGGCCGGCACCACCGUCUACCGCAACAAGGACGGAAGCAGGAUGACUGCCAGCGAGGCCGCGGCCGCUGAGGCUGCAGCCGCGCGCAAGCGUCGUGGAGAGGUUCCUAUCUGGGGCACCGGGCUGGCGCAGAUGGCUAGCGCACAGGCACAGGCUGCAGAAGCGCGGCUGGUGGCAGCGACGCCGCUGGCCCAGUCGUCCAAGGACGCCUCGGUUGCCGCACUCAUGCAGACCAAGUCACGAUGGGACGAUCCGAUGGCACUGCUAGCAUCUUCACAGGCAGCCGGGGGAGCGAGCGGCCAAAGUGGGCCGAGCUUUGCCGAUGCGCGGCCACGGUACACCCUCGGCCGGCCGCCGGCCAACCGGUUCGACAUUGCGCCAGGCUACCGAUGGGACGGCGUCGAUCGGUCAAACGGCUUUGAAGCCCGGCACCUUGCCUCGUCUGGUUUCAAGAGCUCAUCGACUGCUUGA